AUGUAUCUUUGUCAAAACAAUCUCAAUGGUCCUAUACCAAAACAACUUACUGGUUUGUCAUCCUUAUCCACUGCAUUAGAUUUAUCCAGCACCAGCUUGAUUGGUCCUAUCCCUACAGAAGUAGAUGAGGUUCCUGUUCAGGGAGUGUUCAAUAAUGCAACUGCCCUUUUUAUAGUGGAAAACACAAGGCUAUGUGGAGGAAUACCCCAAUUGAAGCUGUCUAAAUGGAAAAGAAGAGAGUCAGCAAAUUUGGAAUUCACAUUUAGGAUUCCUUUAUUGAAUGUAUCAUAUGGAGAUCUUUUUAAAGCUACUGAUAGCUUUUCUGAAGCAAAUUUGAUUGGUUCUGGAAGUUUGAAUGAUUUCAAAGCUCUUGUUUAUGAGUUUAUGGUUAAUGGGAGCCGAGAAAAGUGGCUACAUCCAAGUCAUAGUGCAAAUUUGGGAGAAGAACAUAACCUUUUGAGUCUUAUAGACAGGCUUCCCAUCCACUUUCCUCAGAACAAAUUAGCUCUCUUUGAAUACGAGGGUCCAUUGGAUAUACUGCCUCAGGAUAGACUUCUUGGAACAACCAUGCACAGGGAGCAUUAA